CUUCACUGUAGGACAGAAAUCUGUGGCAACUGGCAAGUGCAAGCCACAGAACAGAUCGGCGGAGGAAAGCGCUACGUAGUCUGCUGAUACGCACAGGUUAGAUUGAUGUAAGACAUUACGCGACAAAAAUAUCGACCAGGAUCUUUCGAAGGCUCACAACCUGCCCAAGAUUUGUUUGAUAAUAUUUGUCUGCCUGUAGUGAACAAUGUCGCUUGUUGAAGAACAUGAGGAAGGCGAGUAUGAAAGGGCGCCGAAGCGAAUGAAGACGGGGUUGGAGGAUGGCGAGGAGCUUGAGGAGGGAGAAGACUCCGACUCGGAGUCUGUGGGGUUGCCGGGUGAUGAGGAUAUAUCCGGUCUGAGUGGGGAGAAACGGGCCCGAUGGACCGCAACUAAAUUCGGAGCUGGACGACGGGAUAAUGGAGAGGAGUCCCACAGGAUUGCCCCGUCUCCGGUCGUCCACGUCAGAGGGCUGUGUGAGGCUGUGGUGGAGGCUGACCUGGUGGAGGCCCUGGAGAAGUUUGGACCCAUAUGCUACGUGAUGAUGAUGCCCUUCAAGCGCCAGGCUCUGGUGGAGUUUGAGGGAGGGGAGAGUGCUGACCGCUGCGUCUCCUGUGGGGCCAGUGAGGCAGUGUACAUCGCUGGCCAGCAGGCCUACUUCAAUUACUCCACCAGCAAGAGGAUCACCAGACCCACCAACUCUGACAACCCCAACAGUGGCAACAAGGUCUUGCUGCUCUCCAUACAGAACCCCCUCUAUCCAAUCACCACGGAUGUGCUCUACACGGUGUGUAACCCAAUUGGCAGCGUGCUGCGCAUCGUCAUCUUCAAACGCAAUGGCAUCCAGGCCAUGGUGGAGUUUGAGUCCAUCCAAUGUGCUCAGAAAGCCAAGGCCGCUCUUAACGGAGCAGACAUCUAUGCUGGCUGCUGCACCCUGAAGAUUGAAUACGCGAGGCCGACACGUUUGAACGUGAUCCGUAACGAUAACGAGAGCUGGGACUACACCAAACCGUACCUGGUACGAAGAGACCGUGGGAAGGGGAGACAGAGACAAGCCAUUUUAGGAGAACAUCCAUCAUCGUAUGGGGAUAAUGGUUAUGGCCCACACUGCCCCCUGCUGCCUCUGCCUGGCAACAGCAGGUACAAGCUCAACUCCUCCCACGACAUCCCAGAGGUCGUAUCCUACCCUCUGCCCCAGAGCUCCUCCUACAUCAGCCACAACCCCAGCUCUGUCGCCAUGGUGAGCGGGCUGCAUCCCGCCAAGAUGAACUGCACUCGCAUCUUCAAUCUCUUCUGUCUCUAUGGUAACAUUGAAAAGGUGAAGUUCAUGAAAAGCGUUCACGGCACAGCCCUGGUGGAGAUGGGUGAUGAGUAUGCCGUGGACAGAGCCAUCACACACCUCAACAGCAUCAAGGUGUUUGGCAAGAGGCUCAACGUCUGUGUGUCCAAGCAGCACGCGGUCAUCCCCAGCCAGGUGUUUGAGCUGGAGGACGGCAGCAGCAGCUACAAGGACUUUGCCAUGACGCGCAACAACCGCUUCACCAGUGUCGGCCAGGCGUCCAAGAACAUCAUCCAGCCGCCCUCCUGUGUGCUGCAUUACUACAACGUCCCGCCCUGCAUCUCAGAGGAGCAGCUGCUCAGGUUAUGCUCGGAGCACGACACGCCUGGUUUUGUCAAGUUCAAGAUGUUUGAUGCCAAGCCCUCUUCCAAAACCAUCUCGGGGUUGUUGGAGUUUGACUCUAAGACUCAGGCGGUUGAGGUCUUGACCGUGCUCAACCACUACCAGAUCAGAAUACCUAAUGGCUCCAACCCUUACACCCUGAAGUUGUGCUUCUCCACCUCCUCUCACCUCUGAGCUUACAGCGCCACCCAUGGGGAGACCACAUGACCGAGCCUCGGCCUGGAGAAUGAUGGAAGGAGGGAUGGAGAUAGAGAGGGAGAGAGAGAGAGAAAGAGAGAAUGAAACGAAAGUUAGUUUGAGAGAAAGAUAGAUGAAAAGAAACUGAAAGAGCAAAUGCAGGAAAUUGAUAUAGGAUGAGAGAGGUCGGAAGUGUCAAGGACAGAGCUUUGGGCCACCAAGACACUGAGAAAACAUCUAUUCCCAAACUCAGCACCUUUGCCACAAAGAGAAAAAAAACUGAACUGAAACACACAAGUGUGAAACACUUGGAGUUCUCUUUUUAUUCGUCGUAUAUUUUAGCCUUUUUCAGUUCCCUCCAUUUUGUUUUCUCUGGUUUACAGAGAACCAAUCGGAAUUAAGAACAGAGAUGAGACGCCCACACCUGACUAUGUGGGUGUGCUCUCCUCCUCAGCAUUCCAUGCGGCCGAGCGUGAUAAGCAGGUGACCUCUGUAAAGACUGCAAUUGAACAGCCUUAGUUGGCGUUGAUGGUGAACCCAUGGUGUCAUCCCUGAGGCCUGUUCAAGGUGUCUACCACACAGACUGACAGCUGAGCAGAAGACACUCAGGUGGUUAUUCAGAUUAUCUAUGUGUCAAUAUUGACUUACUGUUAUAUGUAAAUGUGUAUAGAAUGUCAAUGAAAUCUCUACUACGUGUGCCGGGGGGGCGUGUUAUUGAUUUUGUUUUGGGAUGAUAAAUUGACAUUUAAUGGCCUGUUUUUGAAGGGAUGGUUGAACAUGUCCCCUAAGCCUCAGAGCUAGGUCACAUUUUGACAUUACCACUAAUGGUCACAAUCAAAGUUUAGAAAUCAGACACUAGGUCGGGGCUUAUAGCUGCAACUUCAACCAUUGAGGCACUGUUUUAAUGUUUACACACUAUAAGCCCACUUUGUGUAAGUCAUUGUGUUUGGGGUAGUGGGGGGGGUGGGGGUUAAUGUUAAUGCUACAGGGUUUAGUCUGUGAUGUCAUGGCCAGCCUACACUCUGUCAGUCAGUGUCUGUAGAUUUGCACAUUUAUACUGUUUUAGUCUUCUAAGCUAAACAGAGGUCCAACAAUAUGACAGUAAGCAAAGCCACCUAGAGCUGUAGUUCCCUGCUUGAAUCAGUGAGACUGCAAAUAUUUAAUCACUAAGCCCCAGUCCUUCAACUACAAUAGCAGCAAUAUCACAGAUGUACAGUAGAGUUUCUGAGCCUUUCAUAGAACUAAAAAGCUUUUCAAAGCACUUUUCAUUAAGGUUACAUAAACGACCACGUGACAACAAAGCAAUACCUAUAGGAAAAAAAACAUUGGUACAUAGCAAUUGCUAUGUGAUUAAAUGGUAUCAAGUGUUGCGGCAUUGGUUAUCACAAAAGUGUAAGAAGACAAUUACCAUGAGUGGAACUAAUCAUCAGUUCCUAUGUAACUACGUUGUGUUCACCGCUAUGUAACUUGGUAGGUAAUGUAACCUUGAUGUUGCUCCUAUUUCUUUUCACAAAAUAAACACUGCAAGCCAUUCAUUCAGACAAAUCAGUCAUAAAAGGUUAUUACAUUAAAAAUCCUGUAUAUGAAUUUAAAUGGUUUGUUAUAUAGUUCAAGGUACUAACUCACAUACUGAUAUACAUAGGUCUUCAAAUGGUUCUCAUAGUCUAACCUCUCUACAAGUACAGUAUGUGAUAGUAGGACCAUACAUGGGGAUCAAGAAAUGUUGAUGUUGAGUGUGACUUUCAUUAAACAAUCAGCAGUCUCCA